GAUGGAGAGGGCAGCGAUAGAGGCUGAGGAUCGUGCACUCGCCGAAAGGCGGACCCAAGAAGAGGGUGCGCCUGAUAAGGUAGCGGAAAGGAUUAUCCGUUUUGCCGGUCAUAGCCAAAUAGUUGGAACUUCGAUUGGUCUUCGAGAUGGGAUCCUCGGCGAUGCGGUGGAACCCUAUCUCGGUUCGGAUCCAGAUAACUUUGAGGACCACAAAGAUCAGAAGAUCUGGCCUCUGGAGACGAAGAAGGGUGAAUCAGUUCAACAUAUAACCGAGUUGAGCCCAUUAUCAAAGAAAGCAAGAGCAUUGAGAAUAAGCAGGAAGAGGAGUACGCCAGAAGAUCUUGGAGGGGCUACUGCUGCUCCUACAAAGAAAAGAGCUCGACUAGCUAAGAUGAGCGAUUCUUCUACGAGAGAGGAGGUCGGAAAACUUUCUGCCUUGGUGGGAGAUCAAUUAUCUGAGUCUCCUCAAUUUCAGAGAACUAAGGAGGAUUCUUCAUCCUCCAUUCCAGCUACUGCCGAGGUGGGGACUAGUGACACUGCCGCGGGCCUUGGAGGGGAUCUUUCUGAUCAAGGCAAUCCGCCAGUCAAAGAGGAGCAAGCUAAUGUUGAGCCCAAGCUGGGCGUCGAGAACAGCUACAAUGCUCAUCGGGGUAUGGGGCUUUUUCGAUGAUUGCCAACUUGUACGACCGUAUGGUCGUAACCUGAGACUCAAUGACCGAACGAUCUGCUGAAAAGCUUGAAUGCUUGGAGGGUGCUGGUAAACGUGCGAAGCAGCUCGAGUAUGAGAAUCUGGAGCUUAAUAUCGUCAACAGAGAGGUUCAGCUCAAACUGUUGGGUACAAAGAAGCUCCAGAAUGAGAAUGUCGAGCUUAAGUUAAGGCUUUAGAUUCUCACAAGAGAAGCUGCUUUUAGUGCGGAGAAGGCGGCUGCCGAAGGGGUAAAGGUUUGUUGAUCUCGGGAAGAGGCGGCUCAACCCAUCACCGAGGAGGUUCAUGUAAUGCAUUGACAUGAUAAGGUCCUCGUGUUAAGAAGUCCCAAGUGUCCUUGGCUCAACGAGAUAUCGUUGAGAAGUUGCUUAUUGGGGAGCAAAGAAGCGAUUACGUGCUAUUAUAUCUCACCGGGAUGCAAAAUCAGGGUUGGGAAGUCCGUGAUGGGGCAAUUUCUUCUCUGAGAAGGCUAAAGCAAAUUGCGAGGAGAAAGGUGAUGCUAUCAGUGAGAUCACCUUUUCAGAGGAAAAUUUUGCUCCUCCUUGCAGGCUAGGCUUUCUGUAUUGUCUCAAUGAUUUUUGUUUUGACAAUUGUUGGGUUGUUCCCUUAAAGUUUUAGCAAUUUGGCUCGAUGUAUCGAUUGGUCUGGCCUAUUCUAGCUGAGGUGAUACAAGUAGUAUGACCCGAAUCCUCUGAAACAUUAAGAGAGCCUUGAGCGGAAGUCCUUGACGAAGGAAAGGGUGCCGAGGAGGAAUACAAAUAGUUAUUUAUUUCUUUCCUGUACUUUUAUUAAUGUAAUAACAUUUCUUGAGAAUGUUUUAAUCCAUUUUUUUA